AGCGCUCGAAAACUGUGUGAAGCGCGUUUCAUGAUUUGAAUGCUUACUUCAAUUCAUACUUGUCGUGAAUUAAAUUCAUCAAAAUCGUCCAAAGCCAGUGGUGCGUCUUACAAACCCCAGUGAUUUUUUUCGAACGUUAUUUGGACAGCCUGUAUAGAGUGUCUUGUUUAAAGUGGUUGAUUUAACCCUACUUCAGCCGGUUUUUGACCUGUCAUCCUCAUCCUAUUCAUAGAUCAGCUGAUGGACAUUUGUUUACAUGGUAGUGGUCAAGCAGUGUGUGCAUCGUUCGCAGUGUUUUUGUGACAAAAAGAUGUAUUCGAAACCGUGGAGAUGAACAAAAAGAAAAGCAAAAAGCCGGUAAUAUAAAAAUUGAAGCGUUGAGAACAUUUUAGGUUAAGACAGUAAACAGUAACAAAAACAAUGUUGUGUUUGAAAAAAGUCUACAGGGACGAGCUGCUUCAGCUUGCCCUCAUAAUCAGUUUACUUCGGGUAAACCAGGACUCUGUGUACGACAGUGAUAUUUUCGGUGGAAAUGAUUUAGACUUUGAUAAUGGUACCACAUGGCGAAGCUCCAUAACACCAGCUGUACUGAGAAGCCACUAUGUGAAUCCUAAAAGCCUGGAUUCAGUCCUACUGAAUUAUGAGAGAGAAUUAUUUGCAGACUUGAAUUCCCUUGGGAGAUACAACCGGGGGAACUACAGACACACGGAUGUUCAGGCCUAUUUAUUGAAUAUCGAAAGAAGCAAUGUACCAACUGGUGAGACUUUAACAACUCCACAACCCCAGAAUGCUACCCAAGAGGCCCUUGGAGAAUCACUAGCGUCUCCAAGUGAUGUAACAGAUUUAGAACUUUCACAAGAGGACAUGGAUCUUAUCGAAGUCCUCUGGAAGCAGGAUGUGGAUCUCGGCUUUUCAUUGGAGGCUGCCAGGCAAGAGGAACAGCAAGAAAAGUCAACGGAGUUACUGAAAAAUGAUGCGGAUCCUUCUACUUCACUUUCGAUUGAAGAGAAUUUGGAAAAGCUCAAACAGAAGGAAAAUGAAAAAAUUAAGGAAGAAAAACCAGAAGUAGAUGCUGCAGAAGAAGAUAUUUGGGCGGGAGUUGACUACACCAUCGAUACAGAAACAGGAGAGUAUGUAAUUAAAGGGGAACCCGGGGCAGACCCUGCUUCAACUUGCGAUCUAGAUGAUCUGUCCUUGCCCUUGCCCGAAUUUCUUCUCGAUGAAGCUCUAAGUCUAGUUGAACUAGAUGAUAAUGCGCAGAAAAACGCCUCUGGAUCACUAGCUAGCCCAGAGGAUCUUGAGGACCCUGCCAAGAAGCUUGACGGCUCGUCAAAUGAUACUGACGAUUUUGACAUAUUCGCAGAGAUGAUUCAGACACCCCAUCACUCAUUCCAUCACCCCCAUCACAGGGCGGCGUUCCAAAGCCGGAUGUCCUAUGUGCGCACCGUCAGCAUGGAACAGCGCUGGCAGGACCUGGCCAAUUUAUUAAGUCUCCCUAAUCCCGGCGAGCACCACCCCUUUGGACCACACCACGCCCUCCAUAACUACGGUCAUCCCCACGCACAUGCGCACCCUGCCACCACCUACGACGCCAGGGGUGUAUUGUUGCACAACGCCACGCUUCCAACCCCUAUGGGUGACUUGAAUGGUACAGUCCCAUAUGGUGGUUCCAUUGGUAAUGCAGUUGCUACAUCCAUGAACCUUACCAACAGCAGCGAACCAAUGGGUGAGCCCAGUUCAACUGCCCAUUACAAAUUGGAACCAUCCAAUGAUAUGAUGUACUAUCAAAACAACACUGGUGCAGAAUUUGGAGCAAAUCAAACAGAUGGAUUCCUUUCCAGCAUUCUGAAUGACGAAGAUUUGCAACUCAUGGACAUGGCUAUGAACGAAGGAAUGUACACGAUGCGUAUGUUGGAAAGCAACAAUACUGUAAGCAACCUGAGUAUGAACAGCACCACGGGAACAACCAGUGUGUCUAGAAACGACAUGGAACGUCUAGAUACUUCGAGCGAUAGUGCUGUCAGCUCUAUGGGCUCCGAAAGAGUUCCAUCCCUAUCCGACGGUGAAUGGUGUGACGCUGGAUCAGACUCUGGCCACACAACUAACGGAGAACAUUACCCUCAGGACUACCAGAACAAAUACAGGCCGUACGACUACAGCUACUCCAACCGCCAGCUGUCAGAGAACGCCCGUAUGCCCCCCGUAGCCCAAAAGAAACACCAGAUGUACGGGAAGAGAUACUUCCAGGAACAAGGAACAGCAAGUACGGUUCACCACCCGCACACGCCAGUCAAAUACGAGUACCGAGACCCCAUCGCGACUUCCUACGGUAGCCCGUCCCAACCAGAAAGCGCAGCGAGGUCUAAAAUCCCCGAAAUGAAGUACUCCUGCUCCUUGGAGUUCAGCCACCUGGCCAGAACUCCGGUGGACCAUGUCCAGCACAACCACACCUACCACCUGCCGGCAGAGAAUGCCGGUGUCAUGCAAAGACCCGUGUCCAGAGAUAAGGGCAAGUCUCGAAAGUCGGAAGACGAACAUUUGACCAGAGAUGAGAAGAGGGCAAGAGCCCUAAACAUUCCUAUCACCGUCGACGACAUCAUCAAUUUGCCUAUGGACGAGUUCAACGAGAGGCUUUCGAAAUACGACCUCAGUGAGGCGCAACUUAGUUUGAUCAGAGACAUCAGGAGACGAGGAAAGAACAAGGUGGCAGCUCAGAACUGCAGGAAACGGAAGCUGGAUCAGAUACUAAGUCUGGCAGACGAGGUCAAAGAGAUCAGGGAUAGGAAAAUUAGACUUCUGGACGAGCACAAGUACGCUAUCGUCGAGUUGCAGAGGAUGAAGGAUAAAUACCAACAACUCUACAGACACAUAUUUCAGAAUCUACGUGACCCAGAUGGAAACCAAUAUUCACCCUAUCAGUACAGCCUUCAGACAUCAGCUGACGGUUCCAUCCUGAUGGUACCACGCUCAAACUCAACAAUGAACAAUCUAGAGCGCAAAGAACCCCCACAGAAUCAAAAAGACUAAUUUGUUUUUUUUUUGUCUUAUUUCAAAAUUUGUAACAGCCGAAUAUGCUCAAAUUUCUUAAAACAGAUUUUUUUCAAAAGACUAUUAUUAAUUAAUAAACGGGGGAUUUUAUUAUAUUAAUUAAGAGAAAUUUUGCGCUGUUGCAAACGCAUUUAUUUUUUGUGUUAAUAUGGAUUUAUAAAAUAUUUUUAUAAAACUAAAUCAGGUGAUGAUAAUGCCUUUUUCAUAAAAUAUGUAUAUAUUAGAAUUGAAUGUAGAAUGAAAUGAUUUGUCUGACUGAAAUUAUGGUGUAGGUACUAGGUGCAAUGUCGCAAUAUGCUAGAUUUUUACUAUUUUUACACAUAUAACCUUAACAAGUUUGAAGCUCCAAAAAGUAAUUAAAAAAUAAUAAUAAAAAAUCAAUCUGUCCAUAUAAACAUUACUGAUUUCUAGUAGGAGAAUGGAGUAAAUUACAUAAUAUUAUCUGCUAUUAAUUCUUAUUCACAAUUAGUUGAUAGCUCGGUGAGGCUGGUUUUACCUCUAAGUUAGUAUCUAGUUUCCAAUGUACAUUGUGAGUCCGUGAGAAAUAUAUUUAAUAUCAUUUUUAGAUGAAGAAGGCCUUUGUGAUUUUCAAGCCCAACGUUUUCUUUAUGUAUAACACUAAAAAUAUCCGUACUUUAAACAUUAAAAAUAUUAGGUUUACAAAUACUUAGACGUAAUGGAUAUUUUUAUAAAAUAUUAGGUUUUGUACAUUGUAUAUUGUAAGUAGUAGAGGUUUAGUUAAACCCCUAUAUUCUCUUCACAUUUUAACCAUUCUUGAGCCGAAAGACAAGAAUGGAAAGACUUAAGCUGUAGAAAAUUUGCCUGUUGCUAUAUUUUAUUUAAAUAAAAGUCUUAUUGCAAAAAUAAAAGUGCUUUGUUUUUGUGCAUACCAAGUAGAUGAAAGGACAGAGACAUAUGGGUGGUUUAACACAUUCAAAAUAAAUUGUGGAUGUUAAUAGUGUAGGUAGUUAUUUGGGAUUGUUAGCUAAUAGUUGAUGAUUUUGUAGGCAACCUGUAUUAUUGCUAAAUAAUUGAAGCUAUCAUUGCUUUUAGUGUCAUAACUUUACUUAGCCACAUAACUUAGAAUACACAAUUUAAUUUUUUGAUAUAUUUAGAUUACAGUACAAAAAUCUGGCACUUUAUAUUUUCCUUAAUUUUGUUCUUUAUUAUUUUGCCUUUGUUUCAUGAAUUCAUUUAUUUGUGCCAAUAGGACAAAGAUCUCGUAUUUUUGAGUAAUGUUUUAGGAAUUUUUAAAAUUCAUUUUUCUUCUUCGGUUCAUUUCAUGAAUGAUUUAACUUUGAUUAUAAUAAUCUUUCUAUUUUAUUACAAUACUGUUCUUUUGUUUUAAUACUUUUGAAUAAAUAUUAUUUUUGAAGG